AUGACUUCAAGUGAAAACAAUGGUAGCUCCAAUCCAUCUAUCACACCCAUUGGCAACCAACAAUCUCCAAUGAUGGUAGAUGAAGAUAAUACGACUCCUUGUUCAACUUCGUUGGAUAGGCCAGAAGAUGCCCAAGCCCAACCUAACAAUGAGAUAAUUGAGGAACGAGGGAGGUUGAAAUCAGUUGUGUGGAAUCAUUUUAAGAAAAGGAAAGUUGAUGGGAAAGACAAAGCUAAGUGCAACUAUUGUACAAGAUUACUUGUAGGGGGGUCUAAAAAUGGUACUAAACAUUUGCAUGACCACAUAAAAAUAUGUCCUAGGAAAAAGUUUAAGAACAAUAGGGAUAUGAAACAAAAAAUUUUGGUGAGGGAUCAACAUAAUGUGGACUCAAUGGCAAGUGUGAAUGCUUAUCAUUUUGAUCAAGAUGAAUCAAGAAAAGAACUCGCACGUAUGAUCAUCUUGCAUGAGUAUCCCCUUUCUAUAGUUGAUCACAUUGGCUUUAGAAGAUAUUCAACUUCUCUUCAACCAUUGUUCAAGAUGGUUUGUAGGAACACAAUCAAGGACAUUAUGAGCAUCUAUGAUCAUGAAAGGGAGAAAUCAAUGCAUGAAAUAGAAAAGAAUCGAAGUAAAAUUGCUAUUACCACUAAUAUGUGGACUUCACAAAACAAAAAGUUUAUUUAUGUGUCAUCUCCACAUACAAAGGAAGUGUUUUAUGAUGUCCUUUUACAAACCUUGUUGGAAUGGAACAUUGAUAGGAAGUUAUCUACUAUGACAGUGGACAAUUGUAGUACCAAUGAUGCAGUUAUAAAUAUUAUACUAGACAAGCUUCAACGUAGUACCCUUGUUAUGCGUGGAUCAAUGUUGCAUAUGCGUUGUGCAGCACAUGUUCUUAAUUUGAUUGUUCAGGAUGGUUUGAAUGUUAUUGGAUCAUGCAUUGAGAAGGUUCAUGAGAGUGUGGGAUUUUGGACUGGAUCAACAAAAAGAAGGCAACGAUUUACAGAUACGGCUCGACAAUUACAUGUUGAAUGUACCAAAGAACUAGACCUUGAUUGUAAGACUCGCUGGAACUCUACCUAUCUUAUGCUUUCUACUGCUAUAGAGUAUUGA